AUGGCAACCACCCUCGCCACUGACGUUCGCCUCUCCAUUGCGCACCAAACCCGCUUUGCCUUCCGCCUCGCCUCCGCUAUCUCAUCCAACCCCGAGUCUACUAUCAACAAUGCCGCAUUCUCUCCGGUCUCCCUCCAUGUCGCGCUUAGCCUCAUCACCGCUGGCGCGGGGGGCGCCACCCGCAACCAACUCGCCACGACACUGGGAGAAGGCGAGGUUGAGGGACUCCACGCGCUUGCUGAGCAGGUGGUGCAGUUCGUGCUCGCCGACGCGUCCAGUGUCGGUGGUCCGCGCGUCGCCUUCGCCAACGGCGUUUUCGUGGACGCGUCGCUGCAGCUCAAGCCAUCCUUCCAGGAGCUCGCAGUGUGCAAGUACAAGGCCGAGGCCCAGUCCGUGGACUUCCAAACUAAGUGUAAAAUCACUUUGAGGCUUAAGUAUGUCAUGCAAUUGUUUCUCCCAAAGGCCGCAGAAGUUACUGCUCAAGUGAACUCAUGGGUAGAGAAAGUCACAACUGGUCUCAUCAAAGAUAUUCUCCCCGCAGGAUCUAUUGACAAUAACACUAGACUUGUUCUUGGCAAUGCCCUUUAUUUCAAAGGAGCUUGGACAGAUCAAUUUGAUCCACGUGGAACAGAAAUCGACUACUUCUACCUUCUUGAUGGGAGCUCAAUUCAAUCACCAUUCAUGUACAGCUCAGAAAAACAAUACAUUUCUUCUUCUGAUGGCUUGAAGGUACUGAAGCUUCCUUACAAGCAAGGUGGGGACAAGAGGCAGUUCUCCAUGUACAUCCUUCUUCCAGAAGCACGAAGUGGUAUCUGGAGCUUGGCAGAAAAGUUGAGUGCCGAACCAGAGUUCCUGGAGCAGCAUAUCCCAAGGCAGAAGGUUGCACUCAGGCAAUUCAAGCUCCCCAAGUUCAAGAUAUCAUUUGGAAUUGAGGCAUCUGAUUUGCUCAAAGGUUUGGGUCUGCAACUGCCAUUCGGUGCUGAAGCAGAUCUUUCAGAAAUGGUGGAUUCCCCAAUGGCACAGAACCUCUACAUCUCAUCCAUUUUCCACAAAGCAUUUGUCGAAGUGAACGAAACAGGAACCGAGGCUGCAGCAACAACUAUUGCUAAAGCAGUCCUGCGACAAGCACGACCGCCCUCGGUCUUGGAUUUCAUCGCGGAUCAUCCUUUCCUCUUCCUUAUCCGGGAAGACACUUCCGGUGUGGUUCUAUUCAUCGGUCAUGUGGUCAAUCCCCUCCUAUCAUCAUAA